AUGGAUCAAGGUUCCUCUCAAAGACAAGCUCCACCAUCGGGACAGCGGAUAUCGUUGCCACAACAGCAAUCUUCGUCGAGCAAAGUAGAAGACCUUCUAGCAUGCUUGAAAGAUGGAGGUCGCCACGGCCAUAAAGUUGCUGUUUUAACUGUAAGUUUAUUACGUUUAUUUCGUUAUUUAAGUUUAGAAAUUCAUCGAGAAUCUGGAAGAAAUGAUAAACACACAAGGUUAUGCGUCUCAUCAGGCUGAAAUCUACGAAGCCUUGAUUUUGGAUUUGCAGAAAACUCAUCCACAUUUUAUUGCCGAGAAUGAGACACAGGUAGGAUAUUAUUUUAGGUCCCAAUUUAAGUUAUUUAAUUUUAGCAACUCCGCAAGGCCAUUAUCCAGUUAUUUCUGAGGCUUCCAAUGACGGACACCGUGAAACGAGUCAGUCACAAAAAUGGUUUGAUAAAAGAACUGUUGAGCAUUGUGUGCAAAGACAACGAAGAGAAUGCCGGGCUUGCUUUGAAAGUGCUCAACGAGCAGCUAAAGGUCAACAGACCCAAUCCACAGGAUUUACCCGGCUUCUUCGAACAUUUUAAAGACGCGUACAGCAAGUUCUUACGGGCAGCUGAGGAGAAUAAAGAGAUGUUCUUAGCUAGGCCGGUCUCGGAAGUUACGAACAUUGAUGAGGAAGUGGAAAGAUCACUGCCGAGACUGUAUUACACAAAGGCUUUGCAUCUGCGACGAUCUGAAAAUGAUGGUGUAAGUAAUAUUUAAAUGUUUUGGUUUUCAUUGUCAAACUUUAGAAUUCAUUCCAAUACACGCUAAUUCCCAAGGCAUCGAUGAGUGUAAAAGUAUUCUCGGAGAUCCCUCCGUUGUUCAUUCAACUUUCGCAGAUAACACGACAGAUGCAGGACGGGAUAUUCAAUGUUUUAGUUGAUUAUAUGUCGGUGAGUGUCCCAAGGAACGUGGAUGAUAUUGCAAUGGAUGUAAGGGGAAAUGAGGAACCUCCAGCACUAAAUGCCCCGCUGAUUGAUGAGUUCCACAACUCUCAAGUCAGAGCCAUGUACUUCUUGGCGUGGACAGUCAAACAACAGAGGGUAAGAAUGGGUUAUAUUUUAUAUACAUACAUUCGCUAGAACAGAAAUAUAAUAUUUUAUGUUUAGCAACAGCAACUCUCACUCACCAAACCAAUGGCUUUUCAAUUGACAAAAGCGAUGUGCAAGCUGCUCGAGUCAUUGAAUCCUUAUGUCACCGCAGCGAGAAGAGAAUUCAUCGGGGCUGUGAAGAUAUUGUUGAUGAGUGAGUACAAGAGCUACUUCGUUGGAAUCGUCCCGACAUUAACGUGUGAACGCUUUGUUUUGGGAGAGAGCUUUUCGUCCCAAGAUUCGUUAAGGAAUAUGGUUUAUUCACAACUGGCUGACAUUCUCCAUCAUGUUAGAAGCGAUUUAAAUUAUCCAGUUCUUGUUCAGUUGGGUUUAUUUCUUUGUUAUUUUCUUGUUAGGUUUUUGGAGUUACAAUGUCAAUUUUAGCCUCUUCAAUUUGUGUGUUCGUUGUAUUCACGAUUCCCAAUUGGUCGCCCAUAAUCAGACCAUGUACAUGAAAUUAUUGAUGAAUUUGUGUGAUCCUCUAAUUAACCAAGAGAAGGAGAAGAAAAUGCCGGUAAGGGUUUGAAAAAAUACUGAUUUAUUUAGCGGUAUCUCUCCUUUUAAUUCUUUAAUUUUCUGGUUUAAGGCAAGAGAGACAUUCCUUUAUGCACUGGAGGCAUUCGUGAGAAAAGCAAAAAAUCUGGCGGAGAAUAUAAUCCCCCAAUCAAUCCAAGUUGAGAUUUCCAAAAGAGAUGCUGCCCAAUUGAGUCAAAGAGAACAGCAAGAUCAAAGUCAUGACCUUCAAAAUCCAGGAUCUCCUCGGAAACAGCCUCAGCAAUCAUUCCAAUCCGGCGCCUCAUCGGUUCAUUGGCAAGAACAGACUCUUCCUUUGUCUCCACUUGAAUGCAGGAAUAUGAUUCGAUUUACUAUCCAUCCAGUGAGGACAUUGGGCUCGGCUUUGAGCAGUUGUCAUUUAACUGAAAGUGAGUGGAUGUGCCUUUAUCGUUAUCAUUUAUUGGUUUUAGUAAAGGAUAAAUACACGUUUUUAUUUAGAUUCUUCGAGUUUUGCCGACGAGAGAGAGCUGUUUCGGGAGUAUUUUAUCCAUGGCAUCAAAAGUCUCCAGCAAUUUGUCCUUCUGGUCAAUCAAAUUGCACAGAGUAAUCAGUAUGCUUCUCAUAUUAAGACGUUCAAGAAGGACGAGAAGGAGUGCAUUGAAAUGUUCUCGUCUAUUGUGAGUAUUUUAUCGCAUUACUGGAAUUAAUGGCUGCUUUUAGUUCACUGACGGUCAUCCCCAAGUGUUUGAAUAUGUUCUGAGCAAGAAUAUAGAAUUCUUUAUUGAAGCCAUCAUCACGAGCAAACCCCUUCAGGAUAUUGCUAAUCAUUUCUUGGCACAACAACGAACUUCCACUAUUAUGGGAUCAAUCUUGAUAAAGUAUCUGAUUGGUCGGAUGAACGAGAUUGGUCAGACAUCAGAUCGGUCCAAAGUGUAUUUGGCUUUAUUCAAUCAAGUCUUCAGAACUGUCUCCACUGACCAAUCAAUCAGUCAGGAGAAUAUGCUAAUGGUAAGAGGGUUUCUUUAAAAAUUAUCAGUUGUUUGAUCGUCUUUUAACUAUGAAUGUUUUAGCCUUUUCUUCACGAGAUUAUUGCCGAGGCUUUGCAAGUGGCCAUGAGAAGUCGAGAGCCAUGGAAUUACUUCCAGCUUCUGCGUUUUCUCUUUAGGUCUAUUGGAACCGGAGCUCACGAUCAAUUGUAUCGAGAGUUCUUGCCCCUAUUGCCCUCCAUUUUACAACAAUUGAAUCGUUUCCAAAACGGAUCUCACCGUCAACCCAUCCACGACCUUUUUGUCGAACUUUGCCUAACUGUUCCAGUCAGACUAUCCUCUCUUUUACCAUAUCUGGCUCUUCUAAUGGAUCCCCUGGUUUGCGCUCUUCACGGAUCGACGUCACUGGUUCAACAAGGAUUGAGAACUUUAGAAUUGUGUGUGGAUAACCUGCAACCUGACUACUUCUUUGAUCAUAUGGAGACAGUUCGAGCUUCGUUAAUGCAAGGCCUCUGGAGGAGUCUUUAUACUCAAGACAACUCUUCAGCUACAUCAGCAUUGAGAAUUAUGGCAAAACUUGGAGGAAGUAGUCGAAGGGCCUUUUUGGAUGCCCAAGUCUAUGAAUUUAUCGACGAAAGUGAUCACGCUCUGUCUCUGAAUUCGCUGAAGGUGGCUUCUUACCCAAUGGAAGGCAAGGAACCAAUUAAGUUGAGGAUCAACACGAUGGUCGAUGUCGGUGGGAGUGAUUUGAAUUUAAUGCCGAGGGAACAGACUUUGAAAAGAAAACAUGACGAAGAAACUGGUCCCAAAGAACUGAAGGAAUUGACAGCCGACAUCCCUGCUGCAUCCAUUAUCGAAGCGGCUGUGGCCAUGAUAAAAUCAGCACAGAUAAAUGAGCAUCAGCCUCCAUUGAGUGUGAAUUGGGCCCAUUGGCAGAGCGGAUGGACUGUUCCGAGUAAUCAGAGGUAUCCGAAGGGACAUGCUCUAGAAGUUUGUCGGACAGUUUUGUAUACGGUAGUCCAAAAGAAUCCAAUUCAUGCACUGAACAAAGAGCAUAAGAGGGAAUUGUGCCAAAAAGUAUUCAAAGAGUGGAGUCAAAGCGAGAUGUAAGUGUACUUUCAGAAUCUGAGAGAUAUUUAUCAAUUAACUUUUAUUGAUCUUGUUUCAGAAGAUACCCCGCCUACAGAUGCCCCGAUAUAAGAUCUCGGAGCAUCUUUGGGUCUGGAUUAACCGGAAUCUUCUAUGGAAUUGUGGCCAGUGAAUCUCGAGAACAAGCACUCCCUUUCUUCAGUGCUAUUGUGGUUCAUCUGACAACUCAAGCUCUUCUGGAUUCCAUGAAUGAAAAGAAAAACCAUUCGGGAAUGGACGGGUUCAUCCUCAUCGACGUCAUUGUCAAAGUCCUUUCGGAUUCCUGCAAGGAAUUUGCUUAUGCUGGACUGAUUGCGUUGUCUUACAUCAAGUUGACGGUCUCCUAUCUUUUCGACUCUGCUGAUCUUUCAAAGGCAUCGCGUCUUACUUUCUUCAGCGAAUUGUUGGAACAAAUUCGUUUAUUAUGUUACAGAAGAGAAUGGUAUGCAAAACUGGGUGGGUGUACAGCCCUCAGGUUCUUCAUUGAGAAUUUCCCGAGAGAGUUUGUUGUUCCGCUAGCCAGUGGGCUGUUGGAUGCGUUGUUUACGACCAUUUCCUGUGAGUUUACAAAGCUAAUCGCUGAUUUAAUAUUGCUUUAGGUGUGGCUGAUGAGGUCUCAUGUGGCGCUAUUGAUGUUGCAUCCAAAUGCCUUGACCUGUUUAUUAAUGUUUGUUUUCCAAAUUCAAAAGAUGAAAAUGAUCUUCUCGAGAUCAUCCUCUCUCAUCUGGUCCUCCGUUUUCUUGAUCCAGAACCAUCUCUGAGGAGUGAGGCCUUCCGAUUACUCGAAAGACUCUCCGGUGUUACGAACUUGUCAAUCGAAGAUUUAUUAGCUGGAAGAAAGGCGGAGUUAAUUCAGUCGCUAAUAAAAGGAUUCAACGAAUUUUCAACGAUGACGUCAUUCUCUCAAAUUGCAUUUUUGGUAGGUAGAUAUCUUAAUCCUUAUAUAAUUUUCAGGACUUUGUAAACCACUUGCUUGUGGAAGCCAAAUUGUAUGACAAAGACUAUCCCAAACAGACUGUUCAAUUUGUUUCCAAUCUCCAAUUGAUUGUGGGCAACACCGACGUCGCUCUGAAUGCUAUGCCAUCAUGUCGAUAUACGACCUCAAAUAUGAACAGAGGGGCUCACUCGUUGGAAGCCCAACUAAAGAAUGUUAAGGAUGAGUCGUUUAAAGUAAUGAUUUCACAUACAAAUAUUCUUCUUAAAUUGAAACGGGAAUAUCACCAAGAUGAUGACAAACUGAAAUUAGAGAAGCUUGCUGUUGUUCUGCAGUCAAUCGAUAUGAAACGUGUUGAAGGUGGAGGUAAACUUUCGAUUUUUAGGCUUAUUCUACAAGUUAAUGGCGAUCUUAAUUUGUAUUUCAGAUGGAAAAGUUGUAGAAAACUUGAUAAGAAUGGCGAUGAAAUUGGCUGAUGUUGAUCUUCCAGACAUGGAAUUGGAAGACGACAAGGUUGAGGACCAUGUUCAGGAACUUCGAGAUAAAUUGGACAGGUUCAGAAGCGAGCAAACUUCAAAAGAAGAGCAGGAAUGCAUUUUAAUUGUCAGCUUCUUGGACGAAAUUGUCAAAUUCUUCUUCAAGUUGGCUACAAAUCCCACUCAUCCAUUUCAAGAACGAUCCAUGGAGAUUUUGAAAGAAGUUUUUGCCCAAGAGCCAACCUUUUCCAUUUACGUUCAUGCCGAGUUGAGUCAUCAGUUUGAGCUGAUCAGACCCAUCGUAACACUUAAUGAAUCUGUUGGCCAUCUAAAGGAGGCUGGUGAGAAGCUCAAAUUUCUGGACACUUCGGACCGUUUCAAGUUGGCAAGACACUUCUCGGACACUAAUCGGAAGGAUUCCCACAUAACGUCUCGCAAAGAAUUGAAAAAACGAACCAAACUGUGCAUUGAUCUUGAUGGAGAAGAGUCAGUAGAGUCGUUACUCAAAGGCCCCAUCUCCUUCAAGAUGAGAAAUGAAGGCGGGAAGAUAUUGGCCACUGGUCGAAUUGUUGGACACGCCCCAUUAAUCAGUCGUGAUGGGAAAUCAGAGGGUUUGAACCAAGAAGAACUCGAAGCUGCAAAUGGAUUGAAGCCAUUGGAUUCCAACAGUCUAGAAUCUGUAAAGAAACUGAGACCAAUUGAAAUCGGAAGAACAGGAUAUGAAUAUGUGGACGAAGAGAAAAUUGAAAAGGUUGUCGAGGAUAUAAAUCAAGAGGAAAUCCUUCCAGAACCGAAGGAAGAUACCCUUAAUCAGGUGGUUUUUGUAGUUGUCGACAGAAAAGAACAGGAUUUUGUGUUUAAAAGGUAUACUGGAGAAAUGCCACCAAAGUUCGGUGGAACGUUUGUGACCUUCACGAGAUUGCCAUCCGGGGAACUCCUUAGAUCCAUCAGGAACUAUGGACAAGUAAGAAAACUUCGGUUAAUUUUUACUUCAAAAUUGGCGUCAUUUUCGUCAUUGAAAAAUUCUGAUAUAUGAAGCCGUCAAACGGUCAGAAUAGGCGAUAAGCUAUCCUACGACUCGAUCAAUCUUAUUAUUUCUACUUACUUAGUCACGAAGAACCGAUGCGAUCCAUAGUAUCGUUGACCCGUACUGUCGCUGACAUGAAAAGUCGUAGCGCCAAAAAAAUUAAUUUUUAAAACCAAAAUAACAGAAAAUUUUGAAAAUGACGGCAAUUUGGCAACCUGGCUGAAGUGCCAAGAACUUAACAACCCUCGUUUAUAACAACAAUUUUUUAGACAAAAAUUGAUCAACGAAUCGACUAUCUGGCGGAAACUGAACUAGAAAGACAAUUUGGAAACUCUGCUUGUUCCAUGAUCUUUGAUGAAAUCGAUGAAACAACCGCCGCUCAUCUCACAGAAGUUGCCAAUAUGUUGAUGUUGGAAGCACAGAGUCUCGGCCUCGAUAAACCAUCAUAUACAGUAACCCUAAGAAGUGUCCCUAGAGAAAACGAGAAUGCAGAAGAGAUGGAAGAACAAGGACUCAAUGAAAUGGCCAUGUUUGAGGACAUUGACGAUCAAGCUUUACAGGCAAGUAAACAAUAGGAUGAUGCGAGCUUCUUGGACAAAGUAGUAAUGUUUUUUUUCAGGAUAUUGGCAACGCCAUUUUGAAGGAUAUGCCUGAAACCGCUUUCUUUGAUGAGAAUGCAGCUGGAGGAGAACAUCCUCACCCCUCAAAUGCACAACCCCAACAGUCACAACCACGGGAGUUUCACAACGAAUCGGGUGAAAUUCCAGAUGACCCUUCUGAGACACCAAUUCAAACUGAUAUCGAUCCUAAAGACGGACUGGAUGCUGGAUAUAUAAGACAAGUGGAAGAAAGGCAAUCUCCUGAAAAUGAAAAUCGAGAAGUAAGGAAUGAAGAUGAACAGCCGGGAAGUUCAGAGAAAACUGAAUCUGGUGAGAAAGCAGAUGAGCCCAUGGAAGCGGAUAGUCAAGAGGAAGAAGAAGAGAAGCCGGCCGUUGAGGAAAAGGCCAAUGAACCCAAGACGGAAAACUUCGUGGUGCUUAGAACAGAUGAGAAAUGGGCAAAACCUGUUGUUUGUCAUAUCCCCGUGGAUCGAGAACACAAAGCCAACUUUGAAAAGGCGCAUAUUGCAAUAGAUGAAUCGUUGAGAUUGAAUGGAGAAUCAUCUGAAACUGUCGAUGAUCAACUUGCCGGCCAGUUCGAUGACAAUCCGCUGGCUCAACAUCCUAGCGAAACCUUUGAUCCCGUAUUUAUUGGACCUCAAAACGAAAAACAAAAAAGAAUUCCCGGACGAAAAAGAGUCUCAUUGGAUGAGAAAGCGCUGUCUGAUUCGGACUUUGAACGAUUAUUGGAUGAAACGGAAAGGGCUGAUGGGUUGAAUGAAGACGACUCUAAUGACUUGAAUAAGAAAAAGAAGAUCAAAUUAAGGAUCGAAGGGACCGGGAACAUCGAUGUGAAGAAGGUCCAUUUGCUUGGGGAUAUUAUGGAUAAUAUUGAAGAAGAGUCGAUGGUUAUUGGCAUUGAAGGCUCAAAUCCGAAUAGUGAAAAAGACGGUGAUGAUGUAAGAAUAUUUUUAUUUAUGCAGUCGAUUACACUCAUGCAAUCAUUAAUUUUUAUUUGUAGGGCGAAUCAAAGUCUAGUGGACCUUAUGACUAUAUUACCGAUACCAAACUGGCUCGUUUUCUGAACAAUCUUCAUAAAACAUCUCCACAAAAAGCCAAGAAAUAUUUGAAUUAUUAUACUAGGAGGCUUACUGCUGCCAUCAGAGAAGAAUACAUGCCCACGUUACCCGUGGAUUCAGAUGGGGUCUUGAGGAUUCAGUUUGCAGCCGAAUCUCUCCUUCUUUCCGAUGGAACUGCUAUCCAAACUUUACCCAGGACCAUCUUCAAUUAUCUUUCCAAUGAAGUCUUUGAGGAAAUUAAGGCAAGGUGACUGGCUUUUGUGGUCAAUGCAGAUUUUUUAGGACUUCGAUCGGCUGAACAAAGAAGUAAUUGAAGAUCUCAAAUCCAAAUUAUUGCGCAAGGACCUCUUUGAUUUUGACCAUGAAGAACCUGAUAGCGAUGAUGAGCUUGAAGAACUUGAUCCGAAAGAAGGAUUUCUGACUGUGAAUAAGCUGAAGGUGAUGUCUGAUCUCAGGGAAAUGGUCAACUCCGAGAUCCCCACCAGGCUCAUUUUCCAUGUUUGUGGUGAGAUUGGAACCCAGAUUUUCCAAAAGGAUAUCCAAAAAUUGACCGAAGAUGAUAUUCUCCUCUUAUUUUACGGUUUGAAUCUUGCCUCCUCAUGUGAUUCGUCAGUAGUGGAACAAUUGUUCUCAUUCUUGAUGAAUUCCAUUUCUUUCUUGGCCGGGACAAUUGAAUUUCUGAACGUUAGCGAUGAGGAACUGCUUCAGAACACGAUUUCCAAACUGGUCCAAUGUCUGAACAGGAUCCCCGAGAAGAUUGUUAACACUCUUUUGAGUUAUACAAUUCUUUCUCAAAGGGCUGUCGGUCUGUUUGUGAAUGAGAUUGUGAAAGUGGACGAAGCGGAGGUACUGAGAAUAAGAAUUCUGAAGGAAAGUGAAAGAAUUAGAACCUUAUUGAAGGGAGAGUCCAUCGAAGAUGAGAGUGAUGGUAAGACAAAUGAAUGGUUACUUGAAAGUUGUUUCAGACUUUGUUCACUAUUUCCCCGAACUGGACGGGCGCCAGCGUCUUGCUAUGGACAAUGCCAUCUUCACUUUUAUCCACACCAUCUCACAAAAAUCAAAAGAGCACUUCGCUGAUGCCACAGAGUUGAUCACCGUCUUGAUGGAAUUCUGGAAGUCCGAUGAUAUGAAGAGACGGUAUAUCAUUAGAGAAGGACACGCCCCUACAGUGGGAUCUCAAGUUCUCACUAAUCAGUUGCACGUCGAAACGAGACAUUUAUUCUCCUCGAGUGGGAGUAUGAUCAAGGUUCCAGAGCUAAUCGUCAGGAUCUUUAUGGAAUUUACAACGUAAGAAAAAUGCUUAAUUUUUAUUUUUAUAUCGGAGUUAUCGUUGAGGCUGAGUAUUUUAGGGCUCAUCCCGAAAGAAUCGAUGUGCUGUACUCGUGUUGCUACGCGUUUUCCCAUAAAUUUAUCACCGACUUUACCUUCUUCAAGAGGCAUAUUGAUGAAAACAUCAUUCCUGUAGGUUGCAUAAUAUUGCGCAUUAUGUCUUAGUUCAAAUAGAUACUAUGUAUGUCUUUUUUAGGCAAUGGAUAUGCAAUGGCGUCACAGAGCCUUUGCCAAAGUGAUCGAAUUUUUUAACCCCGAAGAGAAGGAGAGGAAGAAACAAUUCGGUGUAACCGAGUCUGAAGUUCUGGCCCGUUUUAUACAAUAUGUUGUUACUCCAUCCUUUGUGUAUGCCUUUAACAAGUACCCAGUGGAUGAAGUUGUGGGAUGCGAGCCGAACCCAGAACAGAAAAACAAAAAAAGUAUUGUCUGGCAGUUCUGUCUGAAUGUCAUUGAACCAUAUAACAAACAAUUCCCUGUCCCUGACCUCCUCAAGAUUACUUUAUAUCAAUUUUGUGCUCUUCUCGUUCAGAAGUGCCCUGUGCACAUCCAUGAUAACAAGAAGCAAAAGUGAGCGUCGCAUUAUUUUCAUGAAAGUUAAAUUUAGGAAGCAAGGAGAAUGCCUGCGUCUAUUCAUGCUGUUCGGUUGGCCGUGCCUUCAAGCUCAGCAUCAAGGAGAUCUCAUCGAAAAAUAUGCUGGACAAUAUCUGAUAGCCAAUCUGAUGGAAGAAUUCUCUAUUGCCAAGAGAAUUGUCCUUCAGGCGUUGACUGCUUUGGUCAGUGCACAUCAACAAGAGUUGAGGGAAGUUGUCAAGAAAUCCUUGGAAAUUAUUAUCCCUUCAAUGCCAACCAGAAUGGAAGAUGGAGAUCAGCAAGUGGUUACGGUACUCAAGAAAAGUAUCGAUGAACCUACAACGUCACAGGUGCGGAAGGAAGUUAAAGAUAUUAUUUUUGUUUAGAUUGUACACUGCAUCACUAUCGCCGCGAGACAUUACAAGGUUCUUUUCAAUCUGAGAUGCACCGUCGCCAAAAUGAUGAACUCUGCCGUUCAUCGAAUCCUAACGAAUAAUUCAAACGAAAAUAAGAAAGUUGCCUUGGAUAUGUGCGAGACUUGUAUCAAGUGGGAACAACAUAGGCAAAAGAUGCUUGAGGUAAAGUGGAGUUAUUUUGUUUGAUUAGUAUUUUAGACGGUGAAGGCUGCAGAACAAAGCGGUAACCCGGUCCCACGUGUAUUUAAUCAACCCAAGCCAUUCAUAGAUGUAACUGUGGAUAAUCUCCACGAGUCGUUCGACCAAAAUGUCAUUGAUUCCAUCUUCAAUAUCCUCCUGAAACUGGCCACUUCCUUGGAACAGCCCGUUAAUCAGACAACCGAUCAGAUUGUGAGAAGAGCUCUGGUAUUGCUUCGAUUAGCAGUGAAACCCCACAUAUUUGGAGAGCUAAGACCGAAACUGGCGUUAUUGGAAAAGCCCUUUAUUGACUUUGCUCAAUCUCCGCCAGAAAUGCAACAACAAAGUAAUAGAAUAAGCAUGGUGGUCGGCACAAUCGAGGUCAUCUCCACGAUUAUAAAUGGAUUAGUAGGUUUAAUCCGGUACUGUUAUGUAAAAAUUUUCAGACUGGCGACGCCCUCCGGAACAUCCUCGGAAGACUUGAGAAAUACCUGGCUGAAUGUUUUUCAUACCCUUAUCUCCAAAUCAACCAAGCUGUCAUAAAAUUGCUCACCAAGUUGGUUGAAAGCACCGAAGUUACUUCUUAUGGAAUUGAACAGUUUGAAAUUCUCAAUAACGCCAUGAUCAGAUACCUGAACAACAACAUGAUGAUGGUGAUUAACCCCAAUGUCCCGACUUCCGGAAGCACAAGCGCCCAGAUUACUGUGGUUUUGAGUUUGAUGAGAAUAUUCUGCAAGGCAAACCCGUCAUUCGUUGAUUCUCACAUCAACAAUUUCUUAAAAUUGUUUGCCAAACUGGCCAAGGAAUACAUUCCGGUCCCUUCCCAACAACCGGACAGACCGAUGGAAUGCCUGGUGAUCUGCAUGGACAUCCUUAGACCUCGUGUUGGUCAUCUGGACGUUGAAUCAAGAAGGAAUCUAGCUCAGUCGAUGUUCCCUUUGAGCGAGAGAUUGUUGCCAGAAAGAUUAAUGGACAGGAUGAUUAUAAUUACUGGAGAGAUUAUUCAGGUAAGAGAACUUUAAAAUAAAUGCAUUUCUUUAGUAUGACAAGGAGAUUGCUCCCCAUUACGGAGUCCAAUUGUUAUGCCGACUAAUCCCGCAUCUUCAAAAACAAUAUCACGGAUCCAAUUCUAUCGUUCUCCGUUUCCUGAGCACUGUUCACACUGUCUUCAGUGAUAAGGAUCUCAGGAAAACGGAGAGUGGCCAGAAAUUACAGGCAGCCUUCUUCUGGGGCCUCGGUAAUUCAGAUGAACACACCAGGAGAUCCUUCUUCCAACUAUUCGAGUGCCAAUUCCCUCGGUCACUCUUCGAGAGAGUCAUGUUUAUCAUCGGAGAACAGAACUGGAUCCCGUUGUCCAGCACUUUUUGGGUGAACCAUUGCCUCAACGUGAUGAUGAAGUAUGGUUCACAAUUUGUUUGUUUUUGAAUGGAUUGCAAUUCAUAUUUUUAGAGCGACAAUUGCCCCAUCAAAUCACAGGACAUCUAUAUUAUUGAUAAAUGGCUCGACUUUCGAGUCAGAUAAUGAACCUGGAAUCGAAUUUCCAUUGUCUGGGAGAUCCUCGGAACCCAUGGAUGUAGAUGGAGCGACAAAGGAGGAGAUCAGAGACUCCCAUGUGUCCAACCCCAUCCUCUGGAGAGAUUCUCCUGUUGCUCCAGAUACCAAAGUGACUCCAGAACAACUUAUGGAGUAUGAAACACUGUAAGUGCCACGAUUGAGUUUUAACUUUCUGUAUCUUCUUCAGACUUCAUUCCGAUCCUCCCACACAACUUGACGAGUUCUUUUUGUCGUUGAUGGAAAUGUGUUAUGUUGACCCGAGGUUGUGUAAGCGGGUAUUCAUCGAUUUCUUCAUCUCGAUUUGGAAUCAGAUGCGUCCAGAAGAUCGGGAGAAGCGUACUAAAACAGCCAGCUUCUUCCUGAAAAGUGGGGUCACAAUAUCGACGGCGGAUCUUCCCAUUACUCCAUUGAAUUGCUUCUACGAAGCCUUCAUGAGGUGCCAACCUGACAUUAACAUAGACGCUCAGACAUUGGAGUAAGAAAUUGUUUUAAAUAUUUAUUUUUUUCUCUCAUGGCAAUACUUCAUUCUAUUUCAGAUAUCUCGCUAUAAAUCACAAGGGAUGGUACUCUGUUCUGGAUCGAAUGGAAACAAACUUCAGGAAGAGUCAGUUGGCGCGACAUCUGAUGAACUCGACACGUCUCUAUCAUGAUGACAUUAGACUGAUGGAUUCACUGGCUGUCUUGUACGAGAGAUUGGGAGAGCACGAUCUCUUGGCGGCUAUGUGGAGAAAACGCGCUUGUCUCAAUGGAACUAUCGAGGCGAUUCAACUGUUUUAUCAGGGAAUGUACAGAGAAGCACGAAUUCAGGUACGGAGUGACUAUAAGGAAGGAUCUAAUUACUGCGUUUGAAGUAAAUUUAUUGCUUUUAGAGUCGUCUGGCCAUUAAAAAAGGCCGAGAACUUUUUGCUCAAGACUCCCUCACCGAUCCCACCCAACAGCAAACAGUCACCUCUUCAGCCCCAUUCUACGAUAUCAGAGUUGUCGAUAUCGAAUUGCGGAAACUGGAAGAGAUGUGGUUGCAGAGUUGCGCCGAGAUGGGAGAUUGGAGGACUUUGCUUCAAUUCGUAAAUAAUCCCGACGUCGCGAACACUGAAGUCUUGGCCGAAGCUGCGUGGCAUCAAGGAGAGUGGAAGCUGGUUCGGGAGAUAACUUCUCAGAUUGAAGCGACCGGACAGAAGGAACAAGUUGCCAAGGCAUCUUUGUACAAGACCAUGUGCAACAUCACCGAAUUCCAACUGAAUCAGAACAAGAAAUUACUGGAAUACAUCCCAAGUGAAGUGUCCAAUAUUAUGAUUUCGGAAUGGAGACAACUCCCACCAAUAACAAGUGAAGCUCAUAUGGAAGUCUUGAGGAAAGCACAGCGCAUCCAGGAGAUCACGGAGAGUGCGUCAGUUGGACAAGCAGCCUGUGAAAAGAUGAUUACGACCAGAUCGGUGGAACCGGUCUUUCCUGCCCAGACUGGGGUCUCCUCUUCCACACAAUUCCAUGUGGACAAUUCGAUGGUUAAUGAGAUCAAACAAUUCAUCAAGACCUGGAGAUGUCGAGCUGCUUCGGUUGCCGUGGACCCGCUCUCCCAUUGGUCGGCCGCUUUUUCAUGGAGGAUUCAGCAGUAUUUUAAUGUGAUGAAGAUAUUUGAUGGUGCAGAUCAGACCUCAGUCCCUCAUCAAGGCCAAAUGCAGCCUCUGCAUUCGAUCGCUCAGACCCAGAUCACGUUUGCCAGGAUGUACAGAAAGGCUGAAUUGUAUGAAGAAUCCCUUCAACAACUCGCUCAACUCCAUUCAAUGGCAAAACUGUACAGGAUCGAUGGAUGCAUGAAGAUAAUCGAGGAAGCCAAGUGUUUGCUGAGGUACGGUUUACAUUAUUUGACGCAAUUUAAUUUGUUUUAGCCUAGCUGAUCGAAUGAAUCGAGUGAUUAAGUAUGGAGAGAGAUGUGUGGAUGAGGGGAAGGUUCAUGUCUCUUAUGGAAUCAUGUCCUAUCUUCCUCUUCUUAACUCUCAAAACCCCUCAGGGCUUGUCGAGAGAGCUCUCGAUUUGGUGGAUGAAGUGAACCCGGCGUUUUUCCCCAAGGAACUGGCUGCUCGUUUAUUUACCCUCAGGGCGCAACUCCUCUCAACUCUCGGAAAAGAAGCCGAAGCCGAUCGAAUGUUCUCGAUCUCUGCCCAACUGGCCGAGGAUUCGCCAGUCCUUCCAGUCGCCCUGAAUGGUCAGACUGUCUGGAAAUAUUGGGCCAUUCAUUUGGAACAAAAGUUCUCCGCGAGAAUCAGAAAAAUUAUAUCAGAAGGUAUCAAUGACGAAUUGUUCAAAGAAGCAAGGGGAAUUGGAAUAGAGACUUUGACUUCGUUACUGGAAAUGCUUAGAACGGUGACUGAAACCAAGGUUAGGAAGUACAUGGCCCGAUUCUUCCACAUUUACAAGUCAUUGAUUGCGUUGGAUGCUCAGAUUGGGGACAAACGACUGAACGAAAUGAGGGAUGAGGCAUCGGAUGAAGAGAAGCUAGUGCUGGUCUCGUUGGAUGAGGUCAUUGAGAAUCAAGCAUCUAAUGUCCCGGUGGCCAUGUGGUUGUUCUGGUAUGUCGUUGCUGUUUGUGCUUACUGAGAUUGUAAUUGGUUUACAUUGAUCUCAUUUUAGGUUGGAUCAAAUCAUCGCUGAAGUCGCGAACAGAGCCAGCAAGGGGAUGACUGCAUUGCUGCGGAAGAUCGCGGAUGCCUAUCCCCAACAGACUCUCCUCCGGAUGAGAACUGUACUCCCAUCUGAUUUGAUUACUCAGAAAAUCGAAGAUUGUAAGAACUUUUAUUCUUGGUUUUUAUUAUUAUUAUAUUGCAGUACAGCUUCGUCUCCCCUUGAUAAGUGAUUGGAUGAGAUGUGCACCACCCUUGGAUGAACGCGACAAUAAGACCCCACUUGUAGUUGAGAGCACCAAGAAAGAGUCGGAUGAUUUCGUGGAAGUGUCAAAUGAACCAACGGCCGAUGAAGAAUACAUCCAAAGAAAAAGAGAUGAAGCUUUGAAGAUCGCUGUGAAGACUUUACUCAGAUUAGAAAAAAAUUUGGAGUCUGAGAGGGAUUCACAGAAAAAGGAGAAGAUGAAAGAGAUCAGACAAGUCCUCAAUCGUCGAGUUUGUUUAUUGCAGUACCUGCAGAAGAAGAAUUUGAUCCCGAAAGUGAAGGAUGUAACCAAAUUGAGGGAAUUUAAGCUAGAAUCGACUGUUGAGAAAGAAUUUGAUGUAAUGGAAUUGGAAGAUUCGGAAAGCGAAAAGGAAGAAGACGGAUUUGUCAAGGUGGGGAAGCCUUCAGUUUAAUUUUACUUGUAAUUUCCGAAACUUUAGCUCAAGAUCCCACGAAGGAAAGCAUCUGAUCCCAUCGAUAUUCUUGUUGACACACAGAAGUUGGCGAGAAAUAAUUAUGACAUCCAGAUUGAACUUUGUGAGGAAGCAGGGAACGGGGACGUCCCUGAACUUACAGUUGAUUCAAACGACCGGUCAGAGAUCAAAGAAGACGCUUUCACAAUGUUGUUGAGUGUGAUUGAUUCGGUCUGUGUGGAUAGAUAUGCAGAUAUCAAAGCGUUGAAUCAUAUCCUCAAUGAAUUAGACGGGUUCCCGGAGACCUGGGCUGAACAAACGUUUGAGAAGCUCUUGGGGAUUGUUGAUGUGAUCAAUCAGUAAGAAUUUAUAUCCUUUUAAAACUUUACCGCUUUCUUUUGUUCAUAAGCAAUAUUUCCAGAACAAUGCUUCAUCAACAAAAGAGUGACGCUCAGAUCGAAGAGGAGAAGAUCUCAGAUGAUGUUAAGGACGUCUUCAAACGUUUUAAAGAUGAUUUUGAAAACAUUAUUCCAUUAAAAACUGAGAUGAGCUCAAUUGAGAGGGAACUCAAGAGGAUGAUAUUCACUGAAUUAAGCAACUUAUCGAGUAAUGGAUGGGAUCUCAAUUAUAAUCAGGCCAAAGGAACGUUGACCCAGUGGUUAAAGGUCUUGGAAAAGUAUCUCAAGUCACUAGAAGGGUAAGAUAAUACAAAUAAUCGUCGUUAACGAAUAUAUUUUUUUUAUGUUUUUAUUUCAGCAUGGUAUUCCUUAAAGAUCUGAGUCAAUUUUUGGCGAUGUUUAACGGGAAGUUGGCACAAGUUGACAUUCCGUCUAUGUGGAUUCCGACCAGAAAUUGUCUUCAUAGUUCGCAGAUCGCCCACUUCUUACCCACUUGCCAUCGAGUGUGGAGAGCCAAUAGAAUUGCUUAUAUCAUAUCAGUACUGUCACAGAAUGGGAAGAUCUUUUCCUAUCUAAUCCAACGCCAGAAGCCGAACAGAUCCAUGAAUCGGUGGAGUCAGCUGCUGAUUAUGAUCAACGCGGAACUUCAAAAGACUAGAGUGAGUUUACUCACUUCCUGCAUAUUGAUCUUCACAGAGGGGUACUGAUUUAAUUAUUACAGGAGAUGUGCCGUCGCCAACUCCAUCUUCCAGUCGCGUUUCGAAUCCAGACGGGCUCCAGAAGAGUGAUGACAGAGACUUAUCCUCUUUCAUCUGCCGCUUCUUUCCCCCAAACUGAGAUCGACCGUUCCGUGAACACUCUUUGGCCAAUUUCCACAUUGGCCCAGGCUUGUCUCCAAAGACAUCACCCAGAUUCGAAUAUGUGGGAAGAAAACUUGGAUGUCCCCAGGACAGAGCUGACUGAAUUUAUGAGGGAUCAUUAUCCCGACACAGCCACCUUCUGGACUGUCAGGAAGAAGCUAACUCAACAAUGGGGACUCUUCAUGGCCAUGGGAUUCGCUUUUGGAUUGGAUCAAAUGGAUUUGGAUAAAGUUUUUAUUGGAUUAUACACGGCCCAGUUGUAUGUUACAGAAGCGGAAAUGAAAGUGAAAAUGGAUGAUGGAAAAUGUAAGUAAGAGUAAUGUCACCAUUUAAAUGCGGUUGGUAUGUAAGUUUGAAUUAAAUUAUUUUUAGUCGCCCUCGACCUCGAAGAAAAUAGUAUACGUUUAUCCCCGAAUAUUUCCGAGUUCUUCCAAACAGAUCAUCUGAAUGAAGCUGUCUUCCUCUCUGGCCAUCUAAGUGGAUCUUUUGUCUCAGCGUGUCGUAGUAUAGCCUCAUCCAAGGCAGUCCCAUUGAUCUUGAGGGUUCUUUUAUGGGAUCAACUGGAAGAUAUCAGCGGAGAUCAAUGGAAUUCCGAACGGAUUCAGUUAGAAGCGUUGAAAUUCUGCACUGAUAAGCCUGUUGAAAUCGUGGAUCGAUUGUCAAGUAAGAGUUUAGGAUUAUUCUUUUUUGUGUACUACAAUGUGAUUUCAGAAGCAGCUCAGUUCAAAGCGGGUCAAUUCACAGCGUUGAAGGCUGUCACGGAAGCGGCCAAAGGUCGAAAUAAUCCUCCUCAACAGCUUCCAUGGUUCUAA